AGGACUUUACGGACACAAAUUCCCUAGUGCAUCAGGGGAAAAGAAAAUUGUUUUCCCCAUAAUCUUCUCCCCGUUCUCUCUCUUGACAGCCCCCAUCCCAUGACAAGAGGCAGGGGUCUGCGUGCACUUGGUUUGUUAAUGUUUUAUGGUGCCUUUGGUAGGCAUUUGUCACCAUUUGGGCUGCCUGCCAUCUGAAUCCUUUCCCUAAAUUUGGAGGAAUCCAUUACUGUGAGAAGCUGGGUGGGUGAGAGUGCCCUGUUCCUCUUUAUUUCCCAAACAGAAACGCCCACAUUUGUGUUUUUCCUGACUUGUGCCAGCUAGCAGGAACACAGGAUCAAGGUCUGGCAAGCAUGGCACCGUGCCUUGGGAGUGAUAACUCAAAGGGGCAGAAGGUGCUUUAGAAUUCUGCCCAUCACGGUGCAGGCAGCGGCAUUGGUGGCUGUGGACAGAGCCAGCUGUAGUGCCCAGGGCCUGUGGCUUUGGUGGUAGGUGGUCCGGCUUUGGCGAACAAAAGAGCAAUACUAAGGAAAACAGCUUCUCUGCAUAUGUAAGUAGCUGAGAGUACUCACCCUUUCCAACGGACAUCCAUCCCCUUCUACAUGGAUUCAUGAUAACAGGGUAACAAAAGAACAUCGCGAGAACCAGAAAUCAGUAAUUCCUUAAAUUAGCCAUAACACGGAGGACAGUGCUGUGAGUUUAACUAAGUGGACAUCACUCGCAGUCCAUCCAGAGCUGCCUGGUCUUGAGUAUAAUCAUGGCCAAACCUUAUGAAUUUAACUGGCAGAAGGAAGUUCCUUCCUUUUUGCAAGAAGGAGCCGUUUUUGACAGAUAUGAAGAGGAAUCCUUUGUGUUUGAACCCAACUGCCUCUUCAAAGUGGAUGAAUUUGGCUUCUUUCUGACCUGGAGGAGUGAAGGCAAGGAAGGACAAGUGCUAGAAUGCUCCCUCAUCAACAGUGUUCGCCUGGGAGCCACCCCAAAGGAUCCCAAAAUCCUGGCCGCUCUUGAAGCUGUUGGAAAGUCAGAGAAUGAUCUGGAAGGGCGGAUAGUUUGUGUCUGCAGUGGCACGGAUCUGGUGAACAUCAGCUUCACUUACAUGGUGGCUGAAAAUCCGGAAGUAACUAAGCAAUGGGUAGAAGGACUGAGAUCAAUCAUACACAACUUCAGGGCCAACAAUGUCAGUCCAAUGACCUGCCUCAAGAAGCACUGGAUGAAAUUGGCGUUUAUGACCAACACAAAUGGUAAAAUUCCAGUUAGGAGUAUUACUAGAACCUUUGCAUCGGGGAAAACAGAAAAGGUGAUCUUUCAAGCACUCAAAGAGUUAGGUCUUCCCAGUGGAAAGAAUGAUGAAAUUGAGCCUGCAGCAUUUACUUACGAAAAGUUCUAUGAACUGACACAAAAGAUUUGUCCUCGGACAGAUAUAGAGGAUCUUUUUAAAAAAAUCAAUGGAGACAAAACUGAUUAUUUAACGGUAGACCAAUUAGUGAGCUUUCUAAAUGAACAUCAGCGAGACCCUCGACUGAAUGAAAUUUUAUUCCCAUUUUAUGAUGCUAAAAGGGCAAUGCAGAUCAUCGAGAUGUAUGAGCCUGAUGAAGAUUUGAAGAAAAAAGGCCUCAUAUCAAGCGACGGGUUUUGCAGAUAUCUGAUGUCCGAUGAAAAUGCCCCAGUCUUCCUGGAUCGUUUAGAACUUUACCAAGAAAUGGACCAUCCCCUGGCCCACUACUUCAUCAGUUCUUCCCACAACACCUAUCUCACGGGCCGACAGUUUGGCGGGAAAUCCUCAGUAGAAAUGUACAGACAGGUGCUCCUGGCUGGUUGCAGAUGUGUUGAACUUGACUGUUGGGAUGGAAAAGGUGAAGACCAAGAACCAAUAAUAACUCAUGGAAAAGCAAUGUGUACAGAUAUCCUUUUUAAGGAUGUUAUUCAAGCCAUCAAGGAAACCGCAUUUGUCACAUCCGAAUAUCCUGUAAUUCUCUCUUUUGAAAAUCACUGCAGCAAAUAUCAACAGUACAAGAUGUCCAAAUAUUGCGAAGAUCUAUUUGGGGAUCUCCUGUUGAAACAAGCACUUGAAUCACAUCCACUUGAACCAGGCAGGCCCUUACCAUCCCCCAAUGACCUCAAAAGAAAAAUACUCAUCAAAAAUAAACGGCUGAAACCUGAGGUUGAAAAAAAACAGCUCGAAGCUUUGAAAAGCAUGAUGGAAGCUGGAGAAUCCACUGCCCCAGUUAGCAUCCUAGAGGAUGAUAAUGAAGAGGAGAUAGAAAGUGCUGACCAAGAGGAGGAAGCUCACCCUGAAUACAAAUUUGGAAACGAACUUUCUGCUGAUGACUUGGGUCACAAGGAGGCUGUUGCCAAUAGUGUCAAGAAGGCUUCAGAUGACCUUGAACAUGAAAUCAACAAAAAGGGCCUGGUCACUGUGGAAGAUGAACAGGCAUGGAUGGCAUCGUAUAAAUACGUAGGUGCUACCACUAAUAUCCAUCCGUAUUUGUCUACAAUGAUCAACUAUGCACAGCCUGUAAAGUUCCAAGGUUUCCAUGUGGCUGAAGAGCGCAAUAUCCACUAUAACAUGUCUUCUUUUAAUGAGUCCGUCGGUCUGGGCUAUUUGAAGACACACGCGAUUGAAUUUGUGAAUUAUAACAAACGGCAAAUGAGCCGCAUUUACCCCAAGGGAGGCCGGGUCGAUUCCAGUAAUUACAUGCCUCAGAUUUUCUGGAAUGCUGGCUGCCAGAUGGUUUCGCUGAACUAUCAAACCCCAGAUUUAGCGAUGCAAUUGAAUCAGGGCAAAUUUGAGUAUAAUGGAUCGUGCGGGUACCUCCUCAAACCAGAUUUCAUGAGACGGCCGGAUCGAACAUUCGAUCCCUUCUCUGAAACUCCUGUUGAUGGGGUUAUUGCAGCCACUUGCUCAGUGCAGGUCAUAUCAGGUCAGUUUUUAUCAGAUAAGAAAAUUGGUACAUACGUAGAAGUGGAUAUGUAUGGGUUGCCCACCGACACCAUACGUAAGGAAUUCCGAACUCGCAUGGUGAUGAACAACGGACUCAAUCCAGUUUACAAUGAAGAAUCAUUUGUGUUUCGGAAGGUAAUCCUCCCUGACCUGGCAGUCUUGAGAAUAGCAGUGUAUGAUGACAACAACAGGCUGAUAGGCCAGAGGAUUCUUCCACUGGAUGGCCUCCAAGCAGGCUAUCGACACAUUUCCCUUCGAAAUGAGGGAAAUAAACCAUUAUCACUGCCAACAAUUUUCUGCAAUAUUGUUCUUAAAACAUAUGUGCCUGAUGGAUUUGGAGAUAUUGUGGAUGCUUUAUCAGAUCCAAAGAAAUUUCUUUCCAUUACGGAAAAGAGAGCAGACCAAAUGAGAGCUAUGGGCAUUGAAACUAGUGACAUAGCAGAUGUGCCCAGUGAUACUUCUAAGAAUGACAAGAAAGGAAAAGCCAACACUGCCAAAGCAAACGUGACCCCACAGAGCAGCUCCGAGCUCAGACCAACCACCACAGCGGCGCUGGGGUCUGGCGUGGAAGCCAAGAAAGGUAUCGAACUUAUCCCUCAAGUGAGGAUAGAAGAUUUAAAGCAGAUGAAGGCUUACUUGAAGCAUUUAAAGAAACAACAGAAGGAGCUAAAUUCUUUAAAGAAGAAACAUGCAAAGGUAGGGUGUGUUGAGCGUCCAUAUUUUUCCAUUUUCAGGGGAAGUAAUUGUCUCGAAAUGAAAAAAGAAACAGAAAUUAAAAUUCAGACACUGACAUCAGAUCACAAAUCUAAGGUCAAAGAGAUAGUGGCCCAGCACACAAAGGAGUGGUCAGAAAUGAUCAACACCCACAGUGCUGAGGAGCAAGAGAUCCGGGACCUGCACCUCAGCCAGCAGUGUGAUCUCCUGAGAAAGCUACUGAUCAAUGCCCACGAGCAGCAAACCCAGCAGCUCAAACUGUCCCAUGACAGGGAAAGCAAGGAAAUGCGAGCACACCAGGCUAAGAUUUCUAUGGAAAACAGCAAAGCCAUCAGCCAAGAUAAAUCUAUCAAGAACAAAGCAGAACGGGAAAGGCGAGUCAGGGAAUUAAAUAGCAGCAACACCAAAAAGUUUCUGGAAGAAAGAAAGAGACUCGCAAUGAAACAGUCCAAAGAAAUGGAUCAGUUAAAAAAAGUCCAGCUUGAACACCUCGAGUUCCUAGAGAAACAGAAUGAGCAGCUAUUGAAAACCUGCCAUGCAGUGUCCCAAACACAAGGCGAAGGAGAUGCAGCAGAUGGUGAAGUUGGAAGCCGAGAUGGACCGCAGGCCAGCAACAGUAGUGUGAAACUCCAGAGCCCAAACUGAAGCCGCAGAGCCACACAGCAUCAAAAGAUCACCCCCAACCUUCCCGACACAGAUUUCAUGCAAGACGCCUGUUGUCUUUUGGGGUGUCUUUUAUGUACAGACAAGACGUUACCCGCAACCACAAAGACUUAAAUCCUUCUCUGUAACAUUUUGAGUAUUGGAUUUCUUUGACCAACCAAAAGGAGCUCCAAAUCCACCAAAAUUACUAUCCCAGUAAGGCAGAGUUGAACCCUUGCUAUUACAACUUAAACAUGUUUGCUAUAAAAUUCCAUCACAAGGGAAUGAGCUUGGUGUAAACAACUCCGCUCUGUGAUGCAUUUAGGACAUGUUUGAGCUGCAGCAAAAAGAGUGCAUUAGUGAUUCCAUAGCAAAUGCAUGCACUAGAAAAAAACACUCUGUCUACAAAUCAUCAGCAGAAGUGGCAAUCUGCUAGACAAAUAAUUUUGCAGAAUUUUUCUACAUCUGAGUUACCUCAUCAGUAAGUGCCAUGUCUCUGCCAUGCCAUAAGAAGCUAAUUUCCUGUAAACGUGGAAAUUAUUAGAGUAAAAAAAAAAAAAAAAA